CUUAAGAAUGCCUCCUACUCUUCUUCCCCUUCUGGCGUCUCGUCCUCCACUAGAAACAUUUCUCUGGUUCUUUUCAACAUGCGUUUAACACUGUUUGCACUCUCUGUGCUUCAAACUCUAUGCCUUAUAAGCCCCACGCUUGCCAACAACACGCCAAACAAUAUCCAGCUCAACAACCAAGCCAAUGGAAAUCACGUCGAAAAGACCCUGGUUCCUCGUAUAGUUAUUCCAGAACCGAAACCAAUCGAACCAAUUGACCCCCCGGCUCCCAACGAGAAUCCAACCGAGAAUCCAAAUGAGAAUCCAUUUGGCACUCCAAAUGAGAACCCAAAAGAGAAUCCAAAUGAGAAUCCGAAUGAGAACCCAGAUAACCCCAAACCCAAAACUGAGGACCCUGAACUCCCUGACGCAGGCUCUACCUCCGGAAAUCCGACAGCUACGCAGGAUUUCAACAAUGGAAAUCCUACGCCUAUUUCUAUAUCAGCCGGAACUAUCGGGACCACACGCAUCUCGGCCGCAUUUGCUACGAAUACCCUAUCAAGUGCCCCAGUGACUAAUUCGGCGACUUCUUGGCCUAGAAUCUUAUCUAUGAGCGGCCGCGCGGCGGUGUAUGCCAUCGUGGGAUCUGUUAUGCUCGUCAACUAUGGCGUAAACUGGCUGCCAGCGCUUUAAGUGACUACCUUAUCUUUCCUCAACCUCGACCCUCAGCAUCAGCUUCACCAUCAUCAAAUCACAACAUCAGCCAACGCCUCCUUCCUACAU